AUGACCAUCGCGCGGCGCCUCCGGCUAGCCGACAUUGAUGAUCCAGUCCAACACUUUCAGGUUGCCAAGUCCAAGACGGAGCCUCUUGCGGCUGUCACUGCCAGUGCCAAUGCGGCCGCCGAUACCAGAUUCAUGUCGACGGCUUUCAUCACACGAGGCACCGCAUAUCCCAAGCACCUCUAA